AUCGCCAGCCGUCGCCCGCGCCGCCGGCACUGCCGCCCCUCUCCACCAUCCCGUCCCCCCGCCGAGGCGCCGCACCGCGUGUCCCCCGCUCUCCAUCCCAGCGCCUGCCGCCCGAUGGCCGAGCGCCGCAGUCCGCGCAGCGCGCACCCGUCGCAGCGCCACCGCUACGCCGACGCCGCAGGUCCCAGCGGCAGCGGCAGUGGCGGCGCCAGCAUGGCCCCGCCGCCGCACUACCCGCCGGGCAGCAGCUCGGCGCACGGCGCCUUUGUGCCGCCGUCGCGCUACGCCGGCGAGGCUGACGACGCCGGCUCGUCGGCGGCGCUCCACCGCCCGCUGCGUGCCGCCUACCACCCGGCCGCGCACGAGCCGCACUACGACGACGAGCGUCUCGCCCGCCGGGCGCCCGACGCAGCUCGCGGCUACGAGGCACCCAUGCCCACCAACGGCGCCUGGGAGGCGGAGCAGCGCCGCCGCAUGGCCGCGCACCCGCACGAGCGCGCCGAGUGGGCCGGCGAGGGCAUGGGCGAGCGCAGCCGCGAGCGCAUUGAUGCGGGCGGCAGCGAGCGUGCACACCGGCAUUCGAGCGCCGUGCAGCCGUCGUACCAGCAGCCUGCACCGCGGCCCAGCUACCGCGACUAUUCCGGCUCGCCCGAGCCAGCACCGCGGCGCCAGGAAGACGACGAGCCGGCAGCGCCGUCGAAGCCGUCGAUGAGCAUCAUGUCGCUGCUCGGCGGGCCGGCGUCGGCAGCGCCUCGCAGCCCUUCGCCCGUGCACGCCAGCAGCAGCGCACGCUUCGACCCGGUGCGUGGCCAUGCUCUGCCGCGUCCGUCGUAUGGAGGCCGUGCAUCGCCGCCGAACAUCAAGCCCAGCUACGAGCCGACGGAGCAGGGCGCAGGUGCGGCGCGGGCCUCGAUCUCGCACCUCCUCGACGAUGCGCCGCGCCCUGCGCCGCCCACUGGUCUCUCGCAUCUGCUGGACGACGGCCCGCCGCGACCGCCUCGACGGCAGAUGGAGUACUCGCCGGAGCCUGCGCCGGCUGCUGCAGUGCGGCCGCGAGAUGCACGCUUCGACCUCUCACACCUUGCCUCAGCGUCGCCGUCGCCUUCCAAGGCGGAGGCUGUGCGCCUGCCGCCGAUGCAGGAGCCCGACGACAGCAUGGCUGUGGACGAGACCCCUGACACCGCGGGCGAUAGCUCGCGGACUGCGCCGAAGCGCCGCCUCAAGAUCAAGAGCAGGCCGUCACGCCCACGCAAGUCCGUCGUCGAGAUGCCCGGGUGGGACAGUGACCUCUCUGCAGACGAGAACCGGCCGCACUGGCAGCCCGAGAUGGUUGUCUACGCGGCCGAGCUGCAGGACCGCUACCGCUGCAUCGAGCAGGCGUACGAGAGCGAGCAGAAGGCGAAGCAGGCCGAGGUCGGCCUGCGGCUGAGCCGUGCGUAUGCGAUGCGCCACGCCGCCGUCAUGCGACGAGUCGAGGCACGCGAGCGCCAGGAGCUCAAGCAGCGCCAGGCGCGCCAGAAGAGCCGCCGUGAGGCGCAGCGCAAGCAGGCACGCGAGCGCGAGAUCGAGGCGGAGCUGCUGGGCAGCGUCGGCGACACCAAGGGCGCCGCUGCGGCGUCUGCUGCUGCAGCUAAGGGCAAGGGCAAAGCUGCUGGCGCCGCUGCGCCGGGCAAGGGCGCCAAAGGCAAAGGCACCCCUGCGGCCUCGGCUGCCAAGGGCAAGGGCAAAGGCCGCGCCUCUGCCACGGCCGAGGACCUGCUUGCCGCAGAGCUGCUCGGCGAGGACGAAGCGUCCAUGGCCGAGAGUGAGGGCCGAGGCAAGAGCAAGUCGGCGCUCGAUGCCAACAAGCUGCGCAAGCGCAAGAUCGAGGAGCUGUUGAAUGAGACCGGCGAUUCGGAUGUCUUCGAGGAGGAGGAGUCUGAUGCCGAAAUCUCGCGUGCCAGCUCGCCUGCAGGCAACGAGCCAGAGGUCAUGGCGGAGGGUGUCAUUCCCAUCGAUGCGCGGCGCGAGCAGAUGCUGGCCGAUGCGCACCGCAAGGUCUGGCUGCAGAUCUCGCGGCGCGAUGUGCCGAAGGUGUACCGCACCGUACUGGCCAGCUCAGCGAACAAGGCUGCGUACUGGCGCCGCGUGUCCUCCGUCGCGCAGCGCGAGGCUCGUCGCGGCCUGCAGCGCAACACGCGCACGACCAAGGACGUGCAGCUGCGUGCGCGCAAGGUGAUGCGCGAGAUGCUCGUCUUCUGGAAGCGCAACGAGAAGGAGGAGAAGGAGCUGCGGCGCCGCGCCGAGAAGGAGGCCCUCGACCGCGCCAAGAAGGAGGAGGAGAUGCGCGAGGCUAAGCGCCAGGCGCGCAAGCUCAACUUCCUCAUCACCCAGACCGAGCUCUACUCGCACUUCGUCGGCAACAAGCUCAAGACGAACGAGGCGGAAGAGUCCGAGGAGACGUCGGGCGGCAACCGCAUCAUCGACCCGGCGCCCGCCAGUGCAGAGGCUGCCGCUGCUCCGACGCCGUCCAUCAACCCGCAGCCGGCAGGCGCAGACGCCGGAGCCGGUGGCGACCUGCAGGAGCUCGACUUUGACGAUGACGACGAGUCCAACCUGCGUGCGCAUGCCCGGCGCAACGCCGAAGAGGCCGUCCUCGCCGCCAAGCAGAAGGCGCAGGCCUUCGAUCAGCGCGCUGCGGAGGCACAGCGCGAGGCUGAGGCGAGUGCUGCCGCCCGCGACGGCGGCGAGCAGCGCGACAUUGGCAAGGCGUUCGACUCGGACGACAUGAACUUCAACAACCCCGAGAUGGGCGCCAUGGACCUCAAGCAGCCGAAGAUGCUCACGUGCUCGCUGAAGGACUACCAGCUCAAGGGCCUCAACUGGCUGGCGAACCUGUACGAGCAGGGCAUCAACGGCAUCCUUGCCGACGAGAUGGGUCUGGGCAAGACGGUGCAGAGCAUCUCGCUCAUGGCCUAUCUCGCCGAGGUGCACAACAUCUGGGGCCCCUUCCUCGUCAUCGCGCCGGCGUCGACGCUGCACAACUGGCAGCAGGAGAUUGAGAAGUUCGUGCCGUCGCUCAAGGCGCUGCCCUACUGGGGCAACGUCAAGGAGCGCGCGCUGCUGCGCAAGUUCUGGAACAAGAAGCAGAUCAGCUACCACAAGGACGCGCCGUUCCACGUGCUCGUGACCAGCUACCAGCUCGUCGUCUCGGACGAGAAGUACUUCAAGCGCGUGCGCUGGCAGUACAUGGUCCUCGACGAGGCGCAGGCGAUCAAGUCGUCGAGCAGCAACCGCUGGAAGACGCUUCUGAGCUUCGACUGCCGCAACCGCCUGCUGCUCACGGGCACGCCUGUCCAGAACUCGAUGCAAGAGCUGUGGGCACUGCUGCACUUCAUCAUGCCGAGCCUCUUCGACUCGCACGACGAGUUCAGCGAGUGGUUCAGCAAGGACAUCGAGAGCCACGCCGGCGGCGAGAACAAGGGCACGCUCAACGAGCACCAGCUGCGCCGUCUGCACAUGAUCCUCAAGCCCUUCAUGCUGCGCCGCAUCAAGAAGAACGUGCAGAGCGAGCUUGGAGACAAGGUCGAGAUCGACGUCCUGUGCGACAUGAGCGCCCGCCAGCGCGCGCUGUACCGCGGUCUGCGCUCGCACGUCUCCAUCGCCGAGCUGAUGGACAAGGCCACGAGCACCGACGAGGCCGGCAUGAAGAGCCUGAUGAACCUGGUCAUGCAGUUCCGCAAGGUCUGCAACCACCCUGAGCUCUUUGAGCGCGCCGACGUCGAGGCACCAUUGGCAGUCGCGCACUUUGCACAGUCCGGCGCACUUACGCGCGAGGGCGAGGUGCUGGACUGUCCUGACUCGACCACGAGCCUGCUGGAGGUCCACGUGCCCAAGCUGAUCUGCCGAGAGGGCCUGCUCAGCGUGCCAGGCGAGCACUCGCGCGCCGGCUUCGACACGAAGCACAUGGGCAACUUGCUCAGCAUCUGGCGCACCGAGAGCGUGCACCGCUCGCUCGAGCUGCCGAAGUCGGCCUUUGCAGUGCUGCGGCUGCUGGGCAUGAACGGCGCUGAUGCCGAGGCCGCGUUCCACGGUGGCGUCACGCCGAACCUGCUUGCGGCCGUCGAGGCGGACCGACGAACCAAGGAGCGAGCCGACUUCCUCUUCGAUGACGAGUUCGCAGCCUCCUCGACGCGCCCGCUGGGCAUGCUGCGGCGGCCCGUUCCGGGCAACUCCGGCGCUGCGCCCUCGCAGCUGCUCCCGCUCGACGCCGUCGUGCAAGACUACACCAGCAGCUCGGUGCUCUCUCGACGCAGCGCGCGCCCGCUGUGCAUCACUGCCGUUGCCCCUCCGGCGCGCAUGGUCGCCUCCGACGGACCUUUCACGGAUGCGCAGGACCGACUACGCCGCGAUGAGGUGGCGUCGCGCCUGCUCUUCGGUCUCGCGCCCGACGAGCGCGAGUCGCCCGAGGCGCUCGAGGCGGUGCAGCAGCGCCUGCCGGGCCUGCCGCCCAAGGGCAUGCUCGACGCGUCGCCGGCGGACCAGCUGCCGGGCACGGAGAUGCAGGUGCCGCAGAUGAACAAGCUGAUCAUCGACUCGAGCAAGCUCGCGAAGCUCGACUCGCUGCUGCGCGAGCUGAAGGCCAAUGACCACCGCGUGCUCAUCUACUUCCAGAUGACGCGCAUGAUCGACCUCAUGGAGGAGUACCUCAUCUUCCGCAAGUACAAGUACCUGCGCCUCGACGGCUCGUCGAAGAUCUCGGACCGCCGCGACAUGGUGACCGACUGGCAGACGAAGCCCGAGCUGUUCAUCUUCCUGCUCUCCACGCGCGCCGGUGGUCUCGGCAUUAACCUGACUGCCGCCGACACCGUUAUCUUCUACGACCACGACUGGAACCCGUCAAACGACUCGCAGGCCAUGGACCGCGCGCACCGCCUCGGCCAGACGAAGCAGGUCACCGUGUACCGCCUCAUCACCAAGGGCACGAUCGACGAGCGCAUCGUCAAGAUGGCGCGCAACAAGAAGGAGGUGCAGGACAUCGUCGUGGGCAACAAGGCCUACUCGGAGACGGGCAUGGCCAAGCCGCAGGAGAUCGUGUCGCUGCUGCUCGACGACGAGGAGCUGGCGGAGCAGAUGCUGCGCCGCAAGCAGGAGGACGAGGCGCAGCAGGCGCAGGACAAGGCCGACGCCGUGCGCAGCUCGCACGCCAAGCGCCGCCUGAACAAGGAGAAGGCGGCCCGCGGCCUCAACUCGCCUGCGCCGGGCAUGGUCUGGACGCUGGACGAGGACGAGGACGACUUCUUCGGAGCGAAGCCGAAGAAGGCCGCGGGCGACGACGACGACGGCGCCGCUGGUGCCGCGUCUGCUGCGCCUGCGAAACGCGGCCGCAAGGCCAAGCCCAAGCCUCCCGCCGACCCCGAUGCGCCCAAGGCGAGCCCCAAGAAGCGAGCUCCCAAGGCCAAGAAGGGCGCCGCCGCGCCGAAGGUCCCCACCGAAGACGACGCCGGCCCGGCGCCGAUGGCCCUCGACGAUCCCGACGCGUACUGAGCGCACCCUCUACACCCCCUUUUCAUUCUCCCCGUGUCAUCCUACACCCGUGCCUCCCUCACACAUCCAUCUCAGCAUCGCCCCUU